AUGGCAGUCGAAUCGCCAACCGCCGAAAGUGCAGCGAUCUUUUUAUGCUGCCUCGAGAUCUUCAACUUUUACAAGGUCUACGCCAUUCUUAACGAGGUGUUCCUGGCCCGCGAGGUCGAUGAGACGAGCCAAUAA